CUUGGGACUGCGCUCAGUUUGCCUGUCGCCGGCAGCGCGUCGCGACGUCUGCGGGAGAGUCGGAGAGCCGCGGUCCGGGAUACGAACAGGUUGACUGCCACCGUCGAUCUUCGCAGUGCCAGAAGUGCGUCACCCGUUCAGUCAGCUGCAGCCGCUAACAGGACUGCAAUGACAUGGCGCUGGUCAUGCUGCCGUGCGACCUGCCGUGGUGGCCGACGGUGCAGCGCCACCUGACGCAGCUCGCCCUCGCCCGCACGCCGCAGGAGCUGGUGGAUGGCAUGCAGAAGAUACACACCAUGUGCAACAUCAGUCUAGAUCCAGACGAAGAGGGCACGGAUGAUGGCCUGUUUGAAGGGCUGAAAAAGUUUCUGGAGGAGGACUUGAGUAUCGAAGAGCAAAAUCAUUUUCUUGGAACAACGGCGCCGGCAAUGGUACAACGAGCUCUUCAACUGAAACAGCUCAAGCCUCCUAGCGGACUACACUUCAGUCUCCAACAGCAAGCGGACAGAGUGGAACUGGACCGUAACUUUGUGGCAUCACUACUUGCACAUGCAUUCUUCUCAACAUUUCCAAAGAGGACUAGCAAAACCCAUCCCACUCUGCAAGAUUCUAAUUUCACUCACUUUUUCAAGCACUUAAACAAAACCAGUCAGAAGGCAAAACUCAAGAGCAUUCUGCAUUAUUUUGACUCAUUGGAAGGCAAUGGUGUUCCAGAAAGCAAUAUGAUAUUUUCAAGAAUGGUUAUGACAAGCAAAGAGUGGCUAACAAUAGAGGACUGGCUGGAAUGUGGAGUUCCACUUAUUCCUGUGGUAACAAAACAUGAAGGAAGAUUGGAAAGGUCGGAGCCUGAGACACUACAAGUGUGCUUCUCAAGCAGUCAUUUAGGAGGUGAUGUUCUACAUGCAGGCUCUUCACAGGAGAGCAUCCAGUUCUGCACCCAACCUGAGCUCUUGGCACUCCUGUCAUUUGUUGAAGCUCUGGAGGACAAUGAGGUUGUAACAAUUGAUGGUGUUCAACAAGUGUCUCGCAUACAUGAUCCUAAACAUAGGUCUACUUUUGAGACUGCUUCUCAGCCUAGGAUGGCACAUGUGUGCUGCAUGGAUGCUGAAAACUACAAGUUGUUACCAGUGGGUCAAUUUGAGGAAGACAAUGUCCUCAGAGAGCUGAACAAAGCUCUUCUUGCCUUCAGGCAGUUACCAUAUAAAGAUGCUCAGCAAUCCACAAGAAGACUGUCACCUAUUGGUGAAUCAUGUAGCUCUACACCUCCUGAGACUACUUCAGAAAAGCUUCAGAAGCAGGAGACUGCUGUGCCUCAGCCACCGCCAACAGCUCCUUCUGCAGCAUCAAAAGAUUUGUUGCGACCGCCAAGCCCAGGAUCACGUCGUGGGCGUUUUAUAGUGCUGGGAUCCUCAGGAGAAUGUUUGCCAAUCACACGGAAUGUUCCACUAACAUUUGGUAGUCACUAUUCCAGCUGUCAGUCUGAGACAGAGUCAGAAGAAUUUCAUAGUGCAUGCACAUCUCUUGACACAGAUGAUACAGAAAGUGAAGGAUGUGCACGCCGCUACAGCUCACAUCUUGAUACUCCUGAAAGACGCCACACAUUUGCUGCACGGCUGCGUGAUGCUCUGUGCCGUGAAGCAGCAAGCAGUACAUGCAGCACAGAUUCAAGUUAUGCAGUUGGAAUCAGUGUCACAGGGUCCAGCGUUGGUGACAAAGACAUAAGGGUAAGAAGAGGUGGAUCAAGAGGAUUCAUGCUACAGGAGGAUUCAAUGGAUGAUAAAUUUUUGAAAGAGUCAUUGCAACAGGAGAAAGAAUGGAUAGACAAAUUUCGAGCAAAGCGAGCUGGUCUUCUUGCUCGGAAAGACACAGGAGAUUCCUCUAAAUACAGCUUCAGUACUGAUUGCAGUUCCGAAAUUGAAGAGCUAUAUGAGCAGUACAGUCGCUGGCUGGAGGAUGCAGGUGUGCCUGAAAACAUCGAUGAGAUUCGGGAGCUGGAUGCCCGAGACAUAGCAGUGGUGCGAUUUGCUGGCAGCCUACUUAAGCGCACACUGAGUGACUCAUUUGCUGGAGUUUCACUGACUGAAGGUGCACAGGGCAUUCCCCUGGAAGGGAGUCGUGCUAAAUUGGCCAUUGUUGCACGAUCUCUCAGCUUGGAACUAGCCAGGCACAAACAUAAGCUUGCUGCUCAGCUUGUGUCAGUGCUUGGAAAAGUUGCAGCUAGCAAUAGUGCUUCUGGAAUACGUGCUGUUUCAACAGGGAACUGGGGUUGUGGUAGCUCCAAAUGUGGAGAUCCUCAGUUGAAACUUGUGAUACAGUGGCUUGCUGCCAGUAUGGCUGGUGUUCCAUGUCUCCAUUAUUAUACUUGUGCCAAUGAUAAUUUGCUUAAGCUGGACACUGUUGUAAGGGUCCUGUUAGACCGCCACUGGACAGUAGGUGAACUUGCUGCUGCCACUCUUCAGUAUGCAGAGGCACUGUUGGACAAACAUCAUGCAGUGCAUCCCACGAGUAGCCUAUUUGAUGAACUGAUUGGUGUAGAUAAACCACACACCAGUCAAGAGACAAAUCUGUGAUACUUGAAUGUGCCAUUCCAGAUGCAAGAGUAGAUAUACUUAACAACCAAAGGAAUAUUUAUUUGUUGUAUUUAUUCUGGACUUGGUGAAUGAAUUUUGAUGAAAAUGUAUUUAGUGUAUGUGAUUUGGCUCUAAUUGUUAAAAUACCAACUUUUGAGAAAGGUGACUGGUUUUUUAUACUUAUAUCAGUGGAAAAGUUUGCUAUAAAAAUGUAUAAAAUAUAUCCAUUGUUAGUGUGCUUAAAUAGCAAAAUGAAACACUACAUGAAACUGCCAUACAGACAAACAUCACCUUUUCAGAGAUGAGUAUGUUUUGUAAAUUACUGAACAAUAGCAAAUACCAGGGAAAUUUUCUUUCAGUGAUGCUGUUAUUCCAGAAUGUGAUAGUUAAUGAGCAACAUAAUCUCCACAUGAAAUAUUUCUGGGUACUAUGUUACAGAUUUUUUUCUGGCAUAUCUUUCUUAAUUUUUACUUUUAUUUGGCAAAACAAACAUUUUAUACUUGUGAAACAAUUAACAGAUUUUUUAAAGUAUGUGAAACCAUAGUUUUUGGACCAGUUGUACUUAUUCAAAAUAUAUGGCUGUUACUUUUGCUAUAGAGGUGGUGUGUGAAUCAAUCUCCUAAAUUACCAUUCUACCAUUUAAAUAACAAGGGGAAACAUCUGUACACAAAAGGCAGGGUGUUUAGUAGGCGUUAUUACUAUGUCCACUAAUUUCAUUUCACUGGAUUUAUGUCAUUGUUCCAAAAUUUACUUUGCACUUGACUAUUGUCCACUAAUAUAACACUUUGUUGAUUUUUUUUAAAUUUUUGUUAUAUGUGUCAUAAAUGUUUACAAUACUGAACUUCCAUUGUAGGAGGAUUUUAAAGGUAGUAGCUUUUGUAUUUUACUGUUGUUCUACCAUGAUGACUUUUCCCAAAUCAAUUUUGCACACACAGUGCAAAAGAUGUUGUACUGUUGACAUAAUUAUUAGUGUUAUAUUCUCCUCUUAAAUAUACUCUGAAGUCACCUCUCCACUGCUGUGUGCUACGAAGAAAUCUUUCAGAUUCUUCAUGAACUGAAAGUUUCUUUGGGACUCCAAUGUUUCACUCAUAGUGUUAACCUACCAGUUAGGGCCUAUGUUCUUCAAUUUUUGGAAUCAGUAUUUCAUAUUUGCUUUCUCCUGCCACAAUCAUUGAGCUACCUGAGACAGAAUUCAUAUAGAAUUCACCCUGUCUCUUUUUUUGGUGUCACUGGUUUGGAGGAAAGAGGAGGGAACAGUGAAGAGCUUAAUUAAAUUUUAGACUUGUACAUUUUUUUCUGGUCUGUCUCUCCCGUUUUCUUGAAAGUAACUGGCCUUUGCCCUUCACCCACUUGUUAGCUUAAUUCACUUUAGAUUUAGUCAGGAUGUUGAUGACAUAUUCUUCCAGCCUUUCAAAGUUUGGAGGUUCUGAAGGCAUUGCACCAUACUUACCCAACUGUAAAAAUAAAUUUUCCCUAACUCAUAUUUAAUGACGAAUAGGGUCCUGUUAUGGUUUCAGGUGAAGUUGUCAUUGAUGUUUUUGCAUUGUAUAAUAGCUCUUACUGGCUGCUAAAAUUAGUAAUCAAUUUUAUGUUGUUUUCAAAUUUAGUGCCGUUUCCAACUUUACUGCAUUAGAAUUUGUCAACCAUAACAACCUUAAAUAUAAUCAAAGCAUUCAGUUUGUUGUAGUUGCCAAAUUUAUAAUGAUGGCACACUGUAGACAUCAGUAAUGUAUUAAAGUAAUGGAAAUCACUUUAAUGAGAGGUAUGGAUCUUCAGAUUU